CAGUACCAGUGUGUCUCUGUAGCAACGGGCAGCUUCAUUCUCUCCUGCAGGAUGUCGGGCCCUCGCACCUCCUCCCUACCGCUGCUCUUCUGCGUGGCUCUUCUGCACAUCCCAGCGCUGGAGGCCAAGCCUCUCUCCGCCAUGCACGGAGGAAGUGCCGUUCGGCUUCGCCGUGACCUGCGCGACUCUUUACCUUAUGAGGCCCAGAUGAUGUCGUACCCACCGGACGGUUACAACGGCAGAACCAACGAGCUCUACUACCAGCCAGAGAAGCUGAGAUCUCAGGGGCUGAACCAGGCUCUGCAGAGGCUGGUGGAGAACGACCAGCGGCAGCAGCAGGAAGCCGCUUACCUGGCGGGACUGGUGCGCCUGCUGAGCGAGGCGGAGAACAACGCCCAGGCCAGACCCGAGGAGGAAGAGGAGGAAGAAGAGGGCGACUUUCAGGGGCCGUACCCCGCAGACUACGACGAGACCGAGCAGAGAGUGAACAUGGUGAAACCCCAGACCAUGAUGGACCCGCGGCUCACCGAGGCUCUGCUCAACCGCUACCGGCAGGAGAGGAUGAUCCAGAGCGGGAUCCAUACAGGAGAGAACCGAGACCAGAUGGAUCUCCGGUACCUGGUGGAGAAGAUCCUGGCAGGUCUGGUAGCCGAGAACCCGUCCAACCGCCCGGUCAAAUACAAACUAUCCGACGCGGCCGCCGGCGGACAGGACAGAGCCGCGCGCCUGAGACGAGCCAGACGCUCUCUGGACUCUGUCCCCGACUCCUCCCCCGACGCCGAGGCCUCACUGCUGAGGGUGAAGAGAGUUGGCGACGAAGAACACGGCGACUUCGCCACUCAGAACAGCCCGUCUCCCCGCGCCGGCCUGCAACGGAUGAAGCGCAUCGACACGGAUCUGCCGCCCCCUCCUCCUCCCCCGAAACGCAGCCGCAGGCGCCGCUCGGUGACCUACGACCCCGAGCUGAUCGCUCAGCGCAUCAUCGAGUACCUGAGGAAGUAGGAGAAGGGGAUGAGCGAUGAAGCCAAAAGUUUACACACACCUGUCAGGGACGUCUGAGUCGCGGUCAUGAUUUCUGCGUCCGUUCUUCUGCUGUGACUGAAUUAUUGACACUAAACCUUCUGUCCAUAAUUCUACUCUCACUGUCCAUUUUAU